ACAUUGGAGAAAGGGAGUCCUGACAGGGUAGCCCCGCCCCCACCCCGGCGACGUGGCCAGCGGCCACCCAGGGCAACACACCUUAGGGUGGAAGGACGCUUCCCACUGACCACAUCUCUCGUCCCCACCCAGAGCCUCCCGUUCGGUAUUUUGAGGAGAAGCCACAGCAUCUUCCUUUACGUCCACUUUAAUUGAGCAUCUAGGAUGUGUGGGCGAGGCAGUGUCACAGGCAACGUGAGAGAAGCUCGGGUAGAGAUGCGAAGAGCUGGGAGCGCAGGGCGGGACCUCGCAGAAGAGGGUGCGGGCGGGAGCCUGCCUCGCAAGCCCGGGCCACUGGCGCCUCUCCGACCGUUACUGGGACCCGGGCAGGGAAGAUCGCUGCAAAGCCUGCCAGGCGAACCGAGGGCAGCUUUGCGGGGAGCCAUGCCAGGAAGCCUGGAAACCGUGAGCCACGAGAGAACAGCGUUGUUUUGUUUUAAUGUUUUGCACUUAGCCAGAGGAAGUCUGGCUCAUCCGAGCCGGCCAGCUGAGCACAUCUGGAAGUGGUUUCUGGGACCGCCCCUCUCUGCCAGCGCUACUCCUGAGUUCCCAGCGGCUUCGCGCAGAGGUGGAAGAAACCCAAGCCGCUCGAAAGUCAACGCAAGCAAAGGGGGGUGCGAGUCGGGGAGGAAUAUUCUUUUGGAAACGUAAUAUUGGCCUUGGGGCUCUCCAGCCCUUUGGGACUUCCAAUGGGAUCUUAGAAGCAGCCGAUGCAGCGUGAGGGCAGCAGCCCAAGGCCAGCCACGAUUUGAAUGCUCUGCCUUGCAGCUCUUCUGGACCGGGGAGCCCAAAGCCCUAUCCUCACCAUUCACCAGAAUCUGUCUUAGGAAGCUGUUCUGAGGAUCUCCAUCCCCUCAGGAAGAACUGGCCAUUGUGGAAAUCUAAGUCCUGUGAAGAGCAGCGUGGAGGUGGGCUGAGGUUAGAAGGUGGAGAGCGUGGAAGAAGAUUGUGGGUUGAGUAUUGGACAUCUGUUCUUGAACAGUCCCUGGGCCUGCCAUAGGAAAGGAAGUUCUCCUGAAUCACAGUUCUUAUCUGCGUGAACACACAUGGCUCUGUUACGAAAAAUUAAUCAGGUGCUGCUGUUCCUUCUGAUUGUGACCCUCUGUGUGAUUCUGUAUAAGAAAGUACAUAAGGGGACUGUGCCCAAAAAUGACACAGAUGAUGAAUCAGAGACUCCUGAAGAACUGGAAGAAGAGAUUCCUGUGGUGAUUUGUGCUGCAGCAGGGAGGAUGGGUGCCACUAUGGCUGCCAUCAAUAGCAUCUACAGCAACACUGAUGCCAACAUCUUGUUCUAUGUAGUGGGACUCCGGAAUACUCUGACUCGAAUACGAAAAUGGAUCGAACAUUCCAAACUGAGAGAAAUAAACUUUAAAAUCGUGGAAUUCAAUCCAAUGGUCCUCAAAGGGAAGAUCAGACCAGACUCACCGAGGCCUGAAUUGCUGCAGCCCCUGAACUUUGUUCGAUUUUAUCUCCCUCUACUUAUCCACCAACACGAGAAAGUCAUCUAUUUGGACGAUGAUGUAAUUGUACAAGGUGAUAUCCAAGAACUGUAUGACACCACCUUGGCCCUGGGCCACGCAGCGGCUUUUUCAGAUGACUGCGAUUUGCCCUCUGCUCAGGACAUAAACAGACUCGUGGGACUUCAGAAUACAUAUAUGGGCUAUCUGGACUACCGGAAGAAGGCCAUCAAAGACCUUGGCAUCAGCCCCAGCACCUGCUCUUUCAAUCCUGGAGUGAUUGUUGCCAACAUGACAGAAUGGAAGCACCAGCGCAUCACCAAGCAAUUGGAGAAAUGGAUGCAAAAAAAUGUGGAGGAAAACCUCUACAGCAGCUCUCUGGGAGGAGGGGUGGCCACCUCCCCAAUGCUGAUUGUGUUUCAUGGGAAAUACUCCACAAUUAACCCCCUGUGGCACAUAAGGCACCUGGGCUGGAAUCCAGAUGCCAGAUAUUCGGAGCAUUUUCUGCAGGAAGCUAAAUUACUCCACUGGAAUGGAAGACAUAAACCUUGGGACUUCCCUAGUGUUCACAACGACUUAUGGGAAAGCUGGUUUGUUCCUGACCCUGCAGGGAUAUUUAAACUCAAUCACCAUAGCUGA